AAAGCGUCGGCGGCAUCAUAUACUUUACAGUGACGUCAGCUCGGAGGGAGACGACGGUGCGAUAUACAUAUUGCGAUAUACAUAUUGCGUGAUACUUUUAUCCGCUAUUCUGGGUGCUUUCGUCAAAAAUUGAAGAGUGUGUCUGACAGCGAUAACAGUGCAUUGUCUCGCGUCGGACAGUAACAAUUUUGAUAAGAUUUCCACUUGCCUGACUGCUGUACAUGUCUAUUUUUGUACCUGUCAAACUUUUGUAAAGCUUUUACAUCAGUUAUACUAACAAGUCGGCAGCAUCGCCUCUACCAUCCAAGCUAAAAUGGAACCACCAGCUAUGGCAGCACCAGUGCUAGCAGUGAGCAACAAGGCAGUGAAGAAUCGCCGCCGCAAGAUGGAGGACCGUUCGGUUAUGGUGCACGACCUCAGCACCGUCACCAAUCGUCAGUUCGCCGACCGGUUCGGCUUCUAUGGCGUGUUCGACGGCCACAUCGGCUCGGAGGCCGCCUCCUUUUGCGUGGAACACAUGCCACGCCUGCUGGCCGAGUCGGCCCAGUUCCCGGACAAGCCGCACCUCGCGCUCUUCGACGCCUUCGCCGCCACCGACCAGCAGUUCGUCAAGACGGGUAGUAACGCGGGUGCGGCGGCGAUCGUGGCGCUCAUCUCUAGCUCUCACCUGUACCUGGGCUGGAUUGGCGACUGUCAGGCGGUGCUCAGUCGGAACGGCGCCUCGGUCCGUGUCGUCAACCCGCACAAGCCGGAGCGACCGGACGAGCGGGCGCGGAUAGAAGAGCAGGGCGGCGUCGUGUGCCUGUACGGCACGUACCGCGUCAACGGCGUGCUCUCCGUGUCGCGUGCCAUCGGUGACGCCGAGUUCCGGCCCCAUGUGAGCGACCGUCCGGACGUGACUACCGUGCAGCUGGACGGCACCGAGGAUUUCGUCCUGCUGGCCUGCGACGGCUUCUUCGACGUGGUCAGCAGCGAUGAGUGUGUCCGCAUGGUCUGUAAAGACAUGGAGGAGCACCCAGACGACUUUGCCGGUCUGGCCGGCCGGCUGGUGUUGGCGGCCGUCGAGCUCAACUCCUCUGACAACGUAUCGGUGGUGGUGGUGCGGCUGCGGCGCGCGGCCGACGCGCCCGACGGCGCCGCCGCGCCCGGCGCCGUCACCAGCACCGACCGCACGGUGUGCGGCGGCCCGGCGCCGCCGCAGCCGCCCGACGACAGUCUGGGCGCCGACGUGUCGCGCUACGACUUCGACAGCCCGUGCCUGGGCCAGGUGACGCCGGACGCGUUCAACGUGUCGGCCAGCGCCGGGCCACCGCCCGAGCCGGCCGACGAGCAGUUCGACAUCCAGCGCGAGGUGACGCGGAUGCUGACGGGCGCCAUGCGACCGGCCGGACCCGGCCUGCAGCGCGCCGACACGCCCUCGCCCACCGCGCAGACGCUGUACAGCGUGCUUUCGGAGAUCGACGGUCUGCCCGAGGCCGACAGUGACGUGGUCGAGGACGAGGACUCGAGCAGCGAGGACGACCUCCAGUGGAGCUACGUCGACACCAAGCGCGAGGUGCCGCGCGUCAAGCAGAAGUCGGUGGUGUCGGCCGAGCAGGCGGACGUGGCUGAGAUGAGCAGCCAGAACCCGUUCGCCGAGCUGGGCGGCGCAGCGGCGAACGGCGGCGCCGAUCCCGGCUCGCCACUGAACCCGGCCGCAGCCGAGUUCACGCCCUCAUGCCGCGACAUGCUGAACCCGGCCGCCGCCGAGUUCGUGCCCGGCCAGGGCGUGCCGGCGCCGCCGCCCGGCCAGGCGCCUACGGCCGACUUAUUCGCGCAGCUCAGCGACGGGAUGUCGGCGUUGGCCCAGCAGGUGCGGGACGGCGUGGUGGCGGCGGCGGAGACGGAGGCGGAGGCGGGGGCGGAGGCGAAAGCGAGGGAGGUGACCGCGGCGGAGGCAGCGGAGGCGGAGCCGGCUGAGGGUGCUAAGCAGGAGGCCGGCCAAGGAGGUGAUCUGUUCUCCCAGCUGACGGAGGGAAUAUCGUCCUUCGCGCAGCAGAUGCAGGACGGCGCUGGGACGACGGCGGAGCCGGCCGAUGGGACCAAGGAGGCGUCGGGCCAAGGAAGUGACCUGUUCUCCCAGUUGACACAGGGAAUAUCGUCGUUUGCGCAGCAGGUUCAGGAGAACACGGCUGAUUCGGCCGACCCAUCGGCGCCAGUGUCGGACUCCUCGAAGACGGCUGAAGAAGGCCAGGGAAAUGAUCUGUUUUCCCAAUUGGCGCAGGGAAUAUCGUCGUUUGCGCAGCAGGUUCAGGAGAAUGCGGCUGAUUCGGCCGACCCAUCCGCCGCACCACCAUCAGACCCCUCCAAGAAGGCUGAAGAAGGCCAAGGGAAUGAUUUGCUCUCCCAGUUCACGCAGGGAAUAUCAUCGUUUGCGCAGCAGAUUCAAGAGAACGCGGCUGAUUCGGCCGACCCAUCUACGGCACCAUCAGCGGACCCCUCGAAGACGGCUGAAGAAGGCCAAGGGAAUGAUUUGCUCUCCCAGUUCACGCAGGGAAUAUCAUCGUUUGCGCAGCAGAUUCAAGAGAACGCGGCUGAUUCGGCCGACCCAUCUACGGCACCAUCUUCGGACCCUUCGAAAACGGCUGAAGAAGGCCAAGGGAAUGAUUUGCUCUCCCAGUUCACGCAGGGGAUAUCAUCGUUUGCGCAGCAGAUUCAAGAGAACGCGGCUGAUUCGGCCGACCCAUCUACGACACCAUCCGCGGACCCCUCGAAGGCGGCUGAAGAAGGCCAAGGGAAUGAUUUGCUCUCCCAGUUCACGCAGGGAAUAUCGUCGUUUGCGCAGCAGAUUCAAGAGGGCGUGGCUGCUUCGACGGAGCCCAACGAUCCCGCCGCCGCCGCCGACGCCACAGCUUCGGAGCCUGCGCAGCAGGGGAACGAAGCCCAGGGCAACGACCUGCUCUCGCAGCUGAGCGACGGCGUGUCGUCAUUCGCCCGACAGUUCCAGGAGAACAUUGCGCCGGCGCCGUCGCCCGCCACGGGCGCCUCCACCACGCCGUCGGCCGACCCGGCGGCGGCGCCCCAGGGCUCGGACCUGUUCGCCCAGCUCAGCGAGGGGGUGUCGGCGAUCGCCCACCAGAUCGAGGAGAGCAUCAACGCGGCGCCCGGCGAGACCGAUGCGCCGGCCGCCGAGCCAGAGGCCGAGUCCACGGCCGGGCCUGGAGCCCAGGACGGAGCGACCGACAACGUCCAGGCCGCCAUAGACAGCACGACGGAUGCGCUGUUUUCGGCGUUCAGCGCUGCCGUCGAGAACUACGGCGCCGUGACGACGGCGGCGGCCGAAGACGCGGGCGACACGGCGGCGGCCGGCGCCGAGCAAGCGGAGCGGGCGGCCGCAGCCGCCGCUGACGCACCGCCGACGCGGCGGAGAAGCUGGAGGACGGCGGCUGAGGCGGGCGAGGCGGCCGACGCGCUGGCGGACGAGCUGGAGGCGACGCUGCAGACGGCCGCUGCGAAGACGGAGGAGACGGCGGAUGCGGCGGCAGGUCAGCUGGAGUCGUUUCUGCAGGCUUCGGCCGUGGGGGCGGAACAGGCGGCGGAGGCGGUAGUGGAGAAGGCGGAGGACUCAGCCGAGCAGGCCACCUCCCUGUUAGAGGCGGCGGCGACGGCGGCCGGCGCCUCCCUAGCCACUGCCGCCGCCGCCGGCUCGGCCGCCGCGGCAGCUGCUGGCAAGCGCCUGGCGCCGGGCGAGAGCAAAGCCAAGCCGGCGGCCUCGGCGACGGCCAAAGCCAAGUCUGCGGCGGCGAAGGCCAAACCCGCUCCGACUACGACCACGAAGCCGAAGCUGGCACCUACCGCGACGUCGAAGACCGCCAGCAAGGUCGGGGCGGCGGCGAAGACCUCGCCGACGAAGCCAGCCACCACGGCGACGAGGGCCCCGACGGCGGCGAAGGCAGCGCCCAGGACGACCGGCGCGUCAGCAGCCCGGGUUGGCGCCGCCGCUGCGAAAGCGACUCCAACUACGCCGCGGACGGCCGCGGCUACGGCCAAGACCACGCCCAGAACGGGAGCGACGGCCGCCGCGACCGCUGCCAGGAAGUCGCCGGCAUCGCCGACCAAGCCGGACGUCAAGCCAGCCCGGCCCGGUGGGCUGAGCAGCCGGCCGGCGGGCGCGGCCACCGCCCGGCCCGCGCCAGCCUCCUCCCGCUCCACGACUGCCGCAGCCACCGCGCGACCGGGAACCGCCACCGCCCGGUCGACGGCUGCUGCCCCGCGGCCGACAGCCGCCGGCACACGGGCGACUACCACCGCCCGGUCGGCAACCACCGCCGCGCGGCCAGCCACAGCCACCGCGCGUGCAACGACCGCCACAACUAAGCCGGCGGCCAGGCCCGCCACGGCUUCGACGGCCUCCUCGCGCGCCGCCUCGUCCCGCCCGUCAGCGGCGGCGGCGACCGCUGCGAAACCGGCCGCCGCCCGCACCACCACCGCCGCCGCCCGCCCGGGAGCGGCCGGCACGCGGGCCCCGGCGACGAACGGCAGCGCUCCGCGCCGGCCUGCCGUCUCCAAGGUGGCGAAGGAGUCGGCCAAUACUAAGAUAUCGGCCUCUGCGGCGGCCCGCACCGCCGCCAAGACGACUAAAGCUGCCGCGGGUCCAUUGAAGAAAGUUGGGCCGUCUACUGGUCCGAAGACCGCCACAGGCCGCGUCUCCAUGGGCACGGGCCGCACCAAGACGGGCCCGAUUUCAACCAAGACUGCCAGCAAAGCCCCUGCCGAAAAGGAAGGGGCGACCCCGACGGUUGCGCCGCCUGAGCCGUGCGGCGAGACGGAAAAGCUCGAGUGCGAGGAGCGUCAGCCUGAGGUCGCUGACAAGGUGACGCCCGAGCCGAACGGCGCCCCGGCGCAGAACGGCGCGCAGGAGAACGGCGCCCACCACGAAAUGCACGCGAACGAGCAUCAGCCGGCGGAGGUGGAGUUAAUCUGAGAGCGUGUGGAGCGACCUACCGUCGCGCUGUCGCCUGCGCGGGCGUGAGGAGGCGCCGGACCGGGGCCGCAGUGCCGGCGUCCGUAACGGCCGCGGGCACCGGCACACGCUUGUGAUACGCGCCUGCAUCGAACGGCCGGGCCAUCGGCGGCGGCGGCGCGGCGCGGCGCGGCGCGGCCGGGCGGGAGACGCUAUGUCCUCUGGCGACGGGCCCGGCGCCGGAGGCCGCGCCGCGCUGGGGGAACCGCCGUCGCUGGGUAGGAGCGGGUGGGAGCGCAGCUUGGGCGGCGCCGCUGGGGCGUUGUUGUAGCCGUUCUUGGUGGCCCGUGUUGUGCAGAGUAUUUUAGCCCGGCGGUGCGGCCGGCGCCCGUGGCGGGGGUCACCGCCCGGCCGGCCCGCCGCCGCGGGCCGGGCUGCGGGCACGCUGGGGCCUGCUUGGGGCGCGGCGCGCGAGGGAAUCACUGAUCAGCUGCCGCCGCGUGUUGGUCCGUCCCACUGCGUGGUGUUUCUAAGUCUGUCGGCCUGUAAGCGCAUCUAUCAUCCCUGUCUUUGGCCUUCUCCGUCCGCUUGUACCCACUUCUCUUUCCAUCUGUCCACUGUGGGCUGACCACCUCCUGUCCACUCCACUUUACUCCGUCCACCUGCCCGGUCCACUCGCUCCUUCCGUCCGCGGCCACGAGGCGCGUGUUUUGCUUUGAGUGUGCAAAGCACACGAGGCGCGUGCUUUGCCUCUCCGUUGGCUUGCCGAUGGUGACGCGGACGGUGUGCGCUCUGCUGCCCUCCCUCGGCACUGCUCGCCUGUCUUCCGCCUGUCCAAUGUUCACCGUCCGCACAGAAGGCUGCUCGCGUUGCGCUGUAUUUGUCUGCCCGAUCAUGUUAUGUGUUUUACUACUAUUAUUACCGCAAAGCACAAUAAAUUCCUAGUUUUCUU